AUGUCUGUGACAACAGCCACUUCGGGAGCGCUGCUUUUUUCCGGCACAACAUUGCUCAUUUCAUUGUUUGCUGUUGCCUCAAUUUAUUCACAAGUUACCUCAAUUUGGAAUGAAUUGGACAGCGAGAUUGACAAUUUCAAAUCGUUGACUAAUGAUAUUUGGGGAGAUAUGGUGAAUUUGGGAGCUGGAUCUGCUGCUAACCGAAUCCGCAGACAAGCUUAUGGUGGAUACGAGGCCAGUGGAACUAGUGCACCUGAACCAAAUUUCCCACAGGGAGACAAGGGACCACAACCGCCAUUCCCAUCUUUUGUUCCAGGAGGACCACUCCCAAAUAAGUGUCAAGUAAGUUUUCCUUCUCAAUUGGGGAUUUCCAAAAAAAUUUUUUUUAGUGCUCUACCGAGAAUACAUGCCCACCAGGAGCAUCGGGAGAAAUUGGAGAAUCUGGACCUGAUGGAGAGGAUGGUCAAGAUGGAAUUCCUGGAUUUGAUGGACAAGACGCGCCAGAUGUUGAACAACAAGGAACUCAAGGUUGCUUCAGUUGUCCACAAGGACUUCCGGGACCACAAGGACCUCAAGGACAAUCAGGAGUCCGUGGUAUGCGCGGAGCUCGCGGUCAACCAGGUUACCCAGGUCGAGAUGGCCAACCGGGUAUGCCUGGAGAGAUGGGACCAACUGGUCCAUCUGGAGAGGAUGGUAAACCAGGAGCUCCUGGACUCAAAGGAGAUGAUGCUGAAAAUCCAGUUGGUAGACAAGGACCACGUGGAGAACAAGGGGAACAAGGUCCAGAGGGUGAACAAGGAACAGCUGGACAUGAUGCAUUCCAAGGACCACCAGGAAUUAUUGGAGAGGAUGGAGUUCCAGGAUAUCAAGGAUCUGCCGGACCGGAAGGGCUUGAAGGACCACGUGGGCCAGCUGGAUUACCAGGAAAGGAUGCCGAGUAUUGUAAAUGUCCAACACGCGACGAAUCAAAUCAUGUCUACCGUCGUAAACAUCGCAAAUAUUUGUAA